UCUUACAAAGAUUUCGACUAUCUCUUUUAAAUGGCAGGUCAGAGGGUGUCUGGCAACAUCAUUUAGUGAAUUUAAAUUGUGCUUAGAAUCUUGCUAUACACUCUUUGGAUGAUUAAAUAAAACUGUGUUCAAUUUGAGUCAAAUGAUUGUAUUUCAACGUGCUCAUCAAUGGAUGUCGAGAGUAUAUUAAAAUAGCAGGUAGAUUAUCAACUACUCAUAAAGAAUCCUACUUUGAAAGACUAUGCACCUUAAGAUUCUAAUAUAAUCAAGAUUCUAGAGAUAGUCUCAUUCUUAUGGCAUUUAUAUAACUAAUAGCAAUAGGUUAGUCUAAUUUAGUAUUUACUCAAUUACAAAUUUUAUCAAAAUAUUGAAGAAGGAACUGAUAAAAAUUGCAGACCAAGCCUUUGAAGUUAUAGAUUGUAUAAUAGGAUUUGCUUAUUAAAAAUACUAGAUAAUUUAUUAAGAGAUCAUUUAAUGAAAUAGAAUAUUUGUUAUUCUAUCUGUAUUAUUUAACUUCAAAUUUCAUUAGUCAAUUUAUAUUCUAAUUAAUUUAAUUAAUGAACUACUUGCUCCAGUUGAUAUUUGCUAUUCUAACCAUCUCCCAAGCAAUUACAGUUUACCCGAAUCUGGGAUCUUCAAAAGUAUAAUGGGAAGAGUAAAUAUGGAUGGAUUGUAAAAGUGAACAACUCAUAGUGCCAACAAAUUGUAAAAAUAAUGAUCAAAAUUGGAUUGAAUGUUAUGAAAUACCAGAAUCAGGGUUAUGUCUAAAAGAUAAAUUAAAAAUAUCAAAGUAAUCAACAUACAACCUUAUCUUCACCUUUUAAAAUUUAAGUACUCAAACACCUCAGAUUUUAAUAAAUGAUAGUAAGUAAGAGUAGAAGUCAUACCCAAAUAAUUAAAUAAUUAUAAAAACUGUUUUAGAUUAAUAGAAAAUAAAUAUUAAAAUUUUAGGAACAAAUUCUAAAUUAUAAAAAUUUGCUUUGACAACUGAUUGUCAUUUAAAUUGUAAAGAAUGCGAUGCAAAUUUUGAAUGUACAAACUGUAUUGAUCAUUUUUCAAUGAUAAACUAUUAGUGCAUACCCGACUCUUGCUUUGACACUUUAAGUGGUUUAACCACCUAAAGUGCUUAUAAAGCAAACUCUUUAAUUGAUAAAUAAGGAAUGUAUUAAGUGACAGUUGACUUUGAUGUCAAUUUAGGCUAAUGUUUAAUUCCUAAGGUUUAUAUUAUAUAGGAAAUAAAAUCUAAUAAAAUAGAAUAUGUCUUGGCAUCCAAUUAAAUUUCACUCAAUAGUGAGAAACAAUUGUCUUUCCAUUUGACUUAAGAUUAAGUUACUUAGUAUUGUAAAAUAAUGGUUCAAGAUAAAACAAAGAUUAUUCGUCAAUGUUCUUUAAGCAUUGCAUUGACUACAGCUCAAAUUGCUCAAUAUAAUUUAUUACUUUUAGGUGAUAUCACUACCAAUUUAGAGACAUCUGCAUCCAUUUCUACCACAUAAAUUAUUACUAUUCCUGAAGAUGGGAACAUUCAAUUAGAAGUUACUAAUGAAAUAACAAAAGGGUAGGUUAAUAAUGAUUUAUUAACUAUCACUUAAGCUAUAUAUAAUGAAGACUUAAAAAUAGAGAAUGUAAUGUUGAAGGAGGCUUAUCUUGAAUAAAAUGGAUAGGCUUAUGAUAGUUUAGAUUUUAUGCUCUCAUUUGUACGAGAUUAAAAGAUUACUUACAAAUUCAAAAUAAAGAAAUCCGACAUCAAAUUUGAUCAAUAAAUUGAUCUGGUUCUAUCGUCUGAUUUGCUUGCAUCAAGGAGAGUUCUAACUUAAGACAGGUCUUAGUUGAAAAUCUAGUAUAAGGCAACAAAUUCCAUUAAGUUUUUACCAAACGAAUUAUCUUAAAUGAAUUCAAAUACGGACUCUAAAGCAAAUUAUCUAAUUUAUGGAAUUACAAUAUUUUUAGUUUUAUCCUUACUUAUUACUAUUGUAUGGCAUAAUAAAAGCAAAAAGAAUCAUUAUGUUAUUGGAGAAGAAGUGAACUAAAAGAAUAUUUGA